GCAGUGUGGAGCACAGGCAGUGAAGACUGUAGUGUCUGUGUAACAAUAGGAUUUAAUUGUUGUGGAAGAUCAGUCAGAAGUCAUUCAUGUCAGAAACGGACUGGAGACAUAAGGACUGACAUCUGUGGAGGAGGCAACUAAAGAUUCAUCCAUGAAAUAGCUUAUUAUCCGUGUAUUGACACUUUUUUGCGACCUCAUGUGCAUCAUCUUCUUCAAAUUUGAUCCUCGCCCCGUCUCCAAGAAUGCAUAUAGACUCAUCUUAGCUGCCAAUCGAGAUGAAUUCUAUCACAGGCCUGCCAAGCCAGCUGAUUUCUGGGGAACCAAUAAUGAAAUUCUUAGUGGAUUGGAUAUGGAGACUGGGAAGGAAGGAGGAACUUGGCUGGGGAUAACAAAAAGAGGAAAGUUUGCAGUGCUGACAAACUAUUUGCAACCCAAAAUAGAUGUGAAUGCCAAGGGCAGAGGUCAUCUGGUAUCAAACUUUUUGACCUCUGAUCUAGACAGUUUUUCUUACAUGAAGAAUAUAUCUGAAGAGGGACAUCUUUACAAUGCUUUUAACCUGGUUGCAGCGGACUUUAACAACACAAAGGGAGAUGUAAUUUACUAUUAUGGAUCCAAAGGAGAAAGACAACCUGUCAAAUUAAAUUCUGGGUUGUAUGGCUUAAGCUGCAGCCUGCUGGAUACCCCAUGGAAGAAACUCCAACACGGGAAGAGACUUUUUGCUGACAUCAUCAAAAAGAGCCACGACAUUGCCAAAGAAGACCUGGUGCAGGAGCUCAUUAAAGUGAUGAAUAAUGAAGAGCCGCAGAUCCCAGACCCAGCUAUAGAAGAGCAAGGAAAAGAGUUUGUCCGCCCAAUCCUUACUAGCUACUGCUCAGUCUGUGUACGCUGCCCAGGCUAUGGAACAAGGACCAAUACCAUUGUACUCAUUGAUAAUGAAGGACAUGUGAGCUUCACAGAGCGCACAAUGAUGAACUGUGACAUCACUCAGUGGAAAACAAGCACGUACCAGUUUAAGCUGCAGCAAUAGUACCGCCUUAGUAACAUGACCCAGUGGUUAACCAAGGAUAAACAUACAUAUCAAAUCCAUUGAACUUAUGGUGCCUAGAACAUUGUGUUAGAAUGUAUAGGUUUUAAAACGUAUCAACCAGCACAAAAGUUGCAGAACCAAAAAAAAAACAGCGAUGCAACAGAAAG